AACAACAAAACAUUCCAUGACAAAAAUGUACAUUAUAAUUAUUUGUGCUUUUCUAGUUGGAGCUGCAUCGUUCUUUGUGACGCAAACGCAUAUAAACAAAGGCAUGGAAAUGAGUGCUGCCAUGUUUGCCCGAGUCUCCUUUUAUCCCACAUUGUUGUACAAUGUGUUAAUGGAAAAGGCCACCGCACGUAAUUGGUAUGAUCGUAUCGAUGAAAAUGUCAUCUUGGGCGCUUUACCAUUUCGCUCUCAAGCAAAUGAUUUAAUCAAAAAGGAAAAUAUGAAGGCUGUCGUAUCCAUGAACGAGGAUUAUGAAUUAACUGUAUUUUCAAAUAAUGCCCCCAAAUGGCAGCUAUUGGGAGUAGAAUUUUUACAGUUGGCCACCACAGACAUUUUUGAGUCACCUUGCCAAGAGAAACUGUUUAAGGGUGUUGAAUUUAUUAAUAAAUUUCUACCUCAAGAUAAUCGUAUAAAGAAUUUAAGCACCACUUCUAGUCCGGAAAAUAUUGGCACCGUUUAUGUUCACUGCAAGGCUGGUCGAACACGUAGUGCAACAUUGGUUGGUUGUUAUUUAAUGAUGAAAAAUGGCUGGACACCUGAAAAAGCUGUAGAACAUAUGCGUAACUGUCGACCUCACAUAUUGUUGCACACCAAACAAUGGGAUGCUCUAAGGUUGUUCUACAAAAAGAAUGUGGAAAAGUCAUGACCUGAUGCUACUUA